AAUCACUCAAACAAGAAAAAAGGAAAAAAAAAAAAAAGGAGAAACGCAAAAAACAUGGUCUCCGUUGGAAACUACCAUUCCUACUACUUACUGAAGAAGAAAAAUGUUUGCAACUUCAAUUUUAUACAAACCCUUGCUUAGACUAUCUCCAUUAUUUUCUACGACUCCUUCAAGAUUAGUCUCUCUUAGACUAAUUUCUAAUACUGGCUUUAUGCUAAGGAGACUUGGUGAUGAGAAGAACAGAGUUGUUGGUUCAGAAACGAUGACUGAGAUGACUAAAAUUUCUGCUUUUAGGAAGGGUAGUGGUGACGGAAGUUUUGAGAUUACUGAAAAUGAAGCUAUUUUGGGUAAUGGGUCUCCGGAUAUUCCUCGAGAAAUUGUUGUGCCAAGUGGAAUUGAAUCGACUAUCAAUCGUUUGAGCAAAUGGCUUGUGGCUACAGUUUUUGGAAUUAUUGUGAUUUGGAGGCACGAUGCUCUGACCAUGUGGGGUGCAACGGGAGCAGUUGCAAAUGCAUGGCUCUCAAUUACGUUAAAACGAAUACUCAACCAAGAGCGACCUGUUGCUAGCUUAGGAUCUGGUCCAGGCAUGCCAUCUUCACAUGCCCAGUCCAUCUUCUUCGCUUCUGUCUUUGCUAUCCUAUCAUUGGUUAAAUCUUUAGGGUUGAAUGGAGUCACUGUGACCAUGGGGGUGCUUGGCUUGGCUUUCAGCUCAUAUCUUUCAUGGUUGCGUAUAUCACAACGACAUCACACCAUCAGUCAGGUUAUGGUGGGUGCUAUUUUAGGAACCAUUUGCUCGAUUUUAUGGUUUCAGUCUUGGUACUGGUUCGUGCUAAAAGCCUUCGUUUCCUUUUUAUGGGUACGGAUUAUUAUUGUUCUUGGGGGCGUCACAUUUUGUGUGAGCUUUCUGUUGUAUGUCAUUAAAAAUUGGCUCAUGGAUGGUGAUGAAGAUCAAAAUCUCUAAAUUUAGCCUAGAUAAAUUUUGAAGUCAUGUAUCCAAAUUACUAAUUCUUACUCUUGCGAGUAGCGCAACUCUGGUCUCACUGGCAUAGCUUGCGCGCUUCUGAUUAGUACCUUCAUGCAUAUCUUAAUUCUGACACUUUGGGAAAUUCAUGCUAAUAAGUUAAGAGUGAAUCAUUAA